AGUAGGUAAAUCCAAUUAUACAAAGAUGGCGACCGCCGGGCUAGAGAAGAAAGUAAAGGAUAAUUUCCUGACGUGCUCCAUCUGCUUGGAGAUGUACACAGACCCGUGUACACUGAGGUGUGAUCACACAUUCUGCAGGAAAUGUGUCACCUCAUACAUCCAAACCAGACCUGAUGCUGUACAGUCCAAGACCAUCCCCUGUCCCUGCUGUCGACAAGAUACCAAGGUCCCCCACCCCAGCAGGCCGGUGAAGGAGUGGGCGGGGCAGAUCAAACCCAGCAUCAUUAUAGAGGGGCUGAUUGACACCUAUAGAUCCGAGGUGGCUGUGCCAGGAACCUCAAGCACCUGUUGUACGAUCUGUCAGCAACUAGGGGAAACAACUCCAGGGGUCUUGUGGUGUCCUUAGUGUGAAGUGGUCCUCUGCGACAAAUGUGUGAAGAUACACCGGGUGACCCCUGUUUCACUGAACCAUGAUAUGUGUGACCUGUCGUCUAGGUCAAAGGUCAAACGGAGGAUCAAGUGUACGGAACACAAGAGUAACCGUGUUGAGUUCCACUGUCAAGACUGUGGGAAAGCUGCCUGUCAGACAUGUUGUAUCAUCUACCACAGAGCUUGUAAAACUGUCGUCACCAUUGAGUCUAUGAAGCUAGGGAUGAAGGCAGCACUGAUGGAGAAGAGACUUGGCAUAGAAAAGAGACUGAAAGUGAGGUCGAAGAAAGUAGACAUACGAAACGAGAAGCUCCAAAGUAAUUCUAGAAUCACAGAGUCAGCUGUUCAAAAUAUUAGAUUGAUCUGCCAGACAGCGAUUAACAAGAUUAAACAGAAAAAAACACAACUCUUGGAUGAACUGAAUACCAUAUCACAGACAUACGCCGACCAACUCCAAGCUGAUGUGAAGGUGGAAGAGAUCGAGAUGCAGAUGUACAGACAACAUUGCGAGUUCAUUGACCAGGCCUUGGUAUCGGACUGUGAGAUGGACCUGUAUGACGCGUAUCAGGCCUGGAAGUCUGGAGCUGUAGAGAUGGAGGAUGUCAGGGAUACAGAGGCAGCAGACACCCGGAGAAUAGAUCACAUCGGGUUUACACCUGACACUGACAAUGUCCUUAAGGCCCUAGAUAACCUGCAGUUGGGGAAGAUUGACGUCACAUACCGGGAUCAGGAGCAUUGUGUGCCAUCUUUAGUGCUGGUUGACACGAUAGACAGGAGGGUGGAGGAUGAUGAUAUGAUGAACUAUUUCUUUUCUUGGCUGACAGUCCUGACUGUAGGUGAUAUGCAGACAUGUGUCGUCACUUACGAUUCUAACAAUUUCCUGAAAUCUUUUUACACUAGAGACAAUCACCCAUGCCACAGUAAGCUUCCCCUGGAUAACUCUCCACGUGGGAUAACACAGUUGAAGCAGAAGCAGGUGAUGGUUGCUGUCCCUGAAUCCCGCCAGAUUGUAACAGUAGAAGUGACCCCCGACCUGGUGCUGCUUUCUAUCAUCAAAACA